GUCCCUCUACUUCACCACCAUCUUGGUCUUCUCUCCACUCCGUGCGUUUCCUUUCGUGUCUCCCCCUCAUGAGUUCCCCCUUGGCAGCGGGAGCAGGAAAGACUGCUGGGGCAAGCAGCAGGAGCGCCGGUAGCGUCUGAUCGAAUUGUCAGCAGAAACGUGGGUGCGAGCGGGAAGGCUCCAGUCAGUCAGGACCCGGCGCGCACACAGGACGCACAGCAACACGCUCGCUGCACGACACUUGCACCGCUUCCUCACCGCCGCCGCAGAGAGGAAUAUCUUGUCGCAUUCUAAAAAGCUUCCAUUAAUCCAUUCCCCUUCCAUUUCUCAACUCCAAUUAUCUGAGAAGCUGCUGGGGUAUUUGCACGAAACCUCAACGCGGUCUCAACACAAGAAAUCUUAAGUCUCCCGUCGACGCUGUGCCAGCCGCGCGGCCGCCGUGCCAGAGCGAGAAUUUUGCUGCCAACCGUAGCAUCAAUAGUUAAAAUAGCCGCACAGACAGCUACUAACACGGCGACUCUUACAACAAACUCGCAACAAUGGAGGAGAAGAAGUACAAUAUUAAUAUUGACAACAGAGAUCUGGAAGAUCAGGAGGAGUGCGAGGCCGUGGAGGUGAGCGACGCCGUGGGAGGACCCCGGCAGAAGUGGGGUCGCCAGAUCGAGUUCAUCCUCUCCUCGCUGAGUUAUGCCGUGGGUUUGGGCAACAUAUGGAGGUUCCCUUACCUUUGCUACAGGAAUGGUGGCGGUGCCUUCCUGAUUCCCUACGGUAUAAUGCUGAUGGUGUGCGGGAUGCCCCUCAUGUUCUUCGAGCUGUGUCUAGGGCAGUUCGGGCGAGAGGGUCCCAUUACAGUUUGGAAGAUCUGCCCGCUCUUCCAGGGUAUCGGUUAUGCAAUGUUCAUGAUCAGUUUCUACAUCGGGUGCUACUACAACGUCGUCCUUUCGUGGACCAUCUACUACAUCUACUCUUCCUUCACGCACACGCUCCCCUGGACCAGCUGCAAUGACGAGUGGCGCUCGGAAUUCUGCAAGGAAUUCAACUCCAGAAAUUGCACAUUAGCUGGCGGGUUGAUGAACGUGACAGGAAAUUGCGUCUUCCCUGAUAUGGUAACAGCUGAUGAAUGGAACGCCCUUAACAAGUCCCUCAGCUACCUUAAAAGUCCCGCUGAUGAGUUCUUCCACAACCACGUGUUAGACAUCACCGAUGGUCUUCACGACAUGGGGGGCUUCCAAGGCAAUAUCGUCCUCGCUCUUUUAGUGGCCUGGAUCAUCGUGUACUUCGUGCUUAUCAAAGGUGUUGAAACAUUUGGAAAGGCCGUCUACUUCACAGCAACCUUCCCUUAUCUUAUCCUCAUUGUACUUCUGGUAAGAGCAGCCACUCUUCCAGGAUACAUGGAUGGUAUUAGAUUCUACCUGACACCAAACUGGGACAAGAUUCUGACACUAUCAGUUUGGCGUGAUGCUGCGAUCCAGAUCUUCUUUAGUUUAUCUCCCUGCUGGGGCGGCCUGAUCACCCUUGCAUCAUACAACAAAUUCAACAAUAACUGUUACAGGGAUGCAUUUGUGGUAUCCAUUGGUAACUGUCUCACGAGCUUCUUUGCUGGCUUUGUGAUCUUCGGUAUCAUUGGCUUCAUGGCUCACGAACUAGGAUUGCCUGUAGAAAAGGUUGCUGUGCAGGGAGCGGGCCUGGCGUUCGUGGCUUACCCCGAGGCCGUGGCCCGCCUACCUCUGUCGCCGGUGUGGUCCAUCUUGUUCUUCGCCAUGUUGCUGACUCUGGGUCUUGGCACGCAGUUUACUAUCCUAACCACCAUCAUCACCACCAUUACUGAUGACUUCCCAGCCCUGCGCGGCAAGAACUUCAAGUGGGCCCUCCUGUGUUCCUGCCUCGUGAUGUUUGCUGUAGGGCUCUCCAUGGCCACUAAAGGAGGCAUGUACGUUCUUCAAAUGAUGGAUUCGUAUUCGUCCACCUUCUCUGCUCUCAUGGUCGGGAUGGCUGAGGUGGUGGUUGUGACGUGGGUGUAUGGCAUAGACAACUUCCUCAAUGACAUCAAGGCAAUGUUGGGGAGAUACCCAUACCCCAUGUUCUUCUGGAAGUAUGUGUGGAAGUUUGGAAUGCCUUUGCUUGUGCUGAAAAUCUUGGUUUUUUCUUGGAUUGACUUCACCCCGGCAAAGUACGGUGCAUACGAAUUCCCUCCAUGGGCCAAUGUGCUAGGGUGGUUCCUGUCCUUCUCCUCCGUGGCACUCAUUCCCGCCGUUGCAAUCUACAAGAUCCUGGGUGAAAAGGGCUCCCUUAUGGAGAGAAUAGAGAAGCUGUGCAAACCCCAGCCAACAUGGGCACCUCCAGCAGAUGUGACUAUAAGGCCAAAUGAUUCUUUUGGUGCCAAACCUCUCCUGAAGGUCACUUCUUUUGAUGAAGACACUGAAAACAAAAUAUAGAAAGCUGCUUCCAACAAGUUUGUUACUACUGCUUUACCUCCUUAGUCUCCAGUUCGGUUUAUUGUGCCAAGUAUCCAGUAUUUGUGGGACGUGAUGGUUCUCCCUCUCCAAAGGGAGUGUCUGGAUCAAGCGAGGGGACACCGUUACACAGCUUCUACCUUACCAGGCUGUGCUAGGUGUCCCCACAACAGGAUGUGUGGUACUGUUACUGAUGUUAGUUUCAUUAUGGGAAGAGUUAUGAAGGGCAUCUUUCCUCACUGACUAAGGAGAUCACCAAAGACUAGACAUAAACUAGUAUUUUGUAAGAGGUCUCUUGGUAUUAGCUUGGAUGUAGUUCUGUGUUGUGUGCUUGAUGCAGGAAAGCUACAAAUUAAUUUAGGUGAUUUCUGUGUUUUGUAUGUUACUGGUAACUGUUGUCUGUUACAAUAAAUGAUAUAAUGUAUAAGUUCAGAACUUUCUUUUAUCAAAAAGAUAAUGACAAGGUGUAAAAUGUUUUCACUGUAGAUAACGUUUCAGUUAUUAUUAUAAAAUAGCAUUGAUGAGAAAUAGUUUAUAAAUAUCCAUAGCUCUCACCUCUUUUGAUUAUCUUGGUUAUGCAUUUUGUAACAACAGAUCCUAUGUUUUUUGAAGUGUAAGUCAUCAUACUUUUAUUCUCAGGAUUUUAAAAUGCUGUUAAUCACAUAAGUAAUAACAAAGUGCAUAUCUUUUACUUCAUAUUUUAUAGUUUCAGUAGAGUAGGGGAUUCAAUAAUGUGUAAACAAUAAUAUGUAAAUGUUCUGACCUCAUCAGAGACAAUAAUAGUGUCUUUAAAUUUUGUUAAAUCUUUAUUCAAUAAUGGCUUAUGAUACUUAUAUUGGUUACUGUUAUACUCUAUAAUGCCAUAAAUCCAUGAAUCUGGUCAAAACUACUUUUUUAAUCAUGGCACUAUUAAAAUAGUGACAAAUCAUCCUAUUAUUGAUACUUUACAGUUAUUACACACACACACACACACACACACACACACACACACACACACACACACACACACACACACACACACACACACACACACACACACACACACACACACACACACAAAUACACACAAGCAAAUAUUAUAUAUGGAUAUACACAGGAUAUUAAAAUUCUAAAAUUGUGAUUAGCUGAUUGAAUAGUGUAAUAUAUAAAUACAUGUUUAUCAUGUAAUAAUUUUUUUUUUAUUUAUAUUACUGUCACAACCAGUUCUAGAAAGUCAUAAGCAUGUAUCCAGAGUGUGCUUUAAAUGAACUGUUUAUAUGAUAUGAUGAUGAAAACUAAGAAGCAGAAACAUAUCGAUGCAAGUGUAAAUAUGGUUGAUGAAAUACAUGACUAUAUGCUCUUUUCAUAUCUGAUUACUGAUAUUUAGUUCUCACAGAGCAGUAGUAUUUUUUUUU